AUGAUGGCAAACGAACGUGUACGAAUUGGAAAUGUGCAAGUAGCUAAAAUUCUUUUUGAUUUUGUUAAUGAAGAAGUCCUACCAGAUAUGAAUAUUGAUUCUGAUACAUUCUGGUCCGGUGCUGAAUUGAUAAUUGCUGAAUUAUCACCACAUCGCAUGCAUGAAGGAAAAUGCACAGAUAUUACUACAUAUAAAACAUUUUUAUAUGAUAUUGGCUACUUAUUACCGCAAACCAAUGAUGAAAAUUUUCAAAUUAACACUAUAAAUGUCGACAAUGAAAUUUCUGUUCAAGUUGCACCACAACUUGUUGUUCCAUUAGUGGAUGCUCGACGGUGUUCACUACAUGAUGCUUUAUAUAGUACGGAUGCUAUCUCAGACUGUGACAGUUGUGAAAGAACAAAUGAGAAUAAUCAAAAACGAGGUGAAAAAGUUAUUUCUUUUACUCGAAAAUUUCUCGAUCAAUCUAUUCCAUUGACUAGUAAUUUCUCGCAUACUGAUGCUAUACAAUAUAGUAUUGUAAAUGGUGAAGUUAAAGUAAGAAAUUUAUUUAGACAGAUAGGAAAUCAAAUAAUUUCCUGUGAUAAAGGUGUACCUCAUGCCAUUGUUUUUGUACAUCAUGAUCUUCAUAUUGAAAUUCAAAUUGAUCGCAAGAACUGUCGUAAUGAUAUUGCAGGAAUAAAAGGCGUUAUUAUUGAGUCAGCAUUAACAACUAUCGUUGAUUGUGAAGAUUCAAUUGCAGUAGUUGAUGUUUAUGAUAAAAUUCAAUUAAAUAGAAAUUGGCUUAGCUUAAUGAAAGAUAAUGAGCUACGAUUAUCUAGUCGAUCUCUUCUUUUCGUUCGUCAUGUUGGCCAUCUAUUAUUUACUGAUGCUAUUUUAAAUAAUGAUAAUCAGGAAAUUCCUGAAGGUAUUCUCGAUGCUCUUAUCACAACUUUAAUUGCUGUACAUAAUCUGAAUGAUAGAACAAAAGACAAUAUUAAAAAUAGCCAUAAGGGUUCAAUUUAUAUUGUAAAACCAAAACAACAUGGUCCAGGUCGCUUUUACUUUGCAUCUAUGUGA